AUGAAACCUGCAGAUGUAACUACUUCUCAGAAAAACCAGCUGCUGAAAAACAUAUAUCAACUGCUGCAAGUCAAAUCACAACAGAGAAAGAAGUUCAAAGUUGGAGAUAAAGUCAGAAUCAGCAAACGUAAGCAUGCAUUUGAGAAAGUUUACCCACCAAACUGGACUACGGAGAUUUUCACCAUCAAGUCAGUGCAGAAUACAAGCCCAACUACUUACAAGCUCGUGAACUACCAAGAUCAACCAAUCGAAGGAGGAUUCUACAACAAGGAACUCAGCAAAGUUAAAUAUCCGGAUGUAUAUCUUGUUGCAAAAAUAGUUAAAACACGGCGAAAUAAACACCAUGUUAAAUGGCUAGAUUUUAAUAGCAAACAUAAUAGUUGGAUUGAUAAAUUGGUUAUGUGA